AUGAGACAACAGCUCUUACUGUGCUGGGCGAGCAUUCUCGUUCUGACGGUGCUUCCAUCAGAGUGUGCACUGAGCUCUGGCUGUGGAAAAUCUCUUCCUAGUGGUUUUGCUGCCGGUCAAACAACGUCAAUGGAGAUUCCUGCAGCAAAUGAUCAACCUGUUCGUCAUUACAAGGUGCACCUAUCAGCUAACUUUAAAAACGAUCGAGGACAUGCUAUUGUCUUCUCUUUUCAUGGCCGCAAUGGAGAUAUGGCGAAACAAGAGGAUCUAUCUGAAUUAUCUCCGAAAGGUAUACUUAUCAAUGGUGCAGGAAUCAUCGCUGUUUAUCCUAAAGGAAAGUUGGGAAAGGAUGACCAGACUGCUUGGCAAGGUGCUCCAUAUGCUGCUCCUGGUGUGGAUGAUAUUCUUUUUGUGGAUACAAUGAUCGCUACACUACAAAAAACAUUCUGCGUUGAUACGUCUCGAAUCUAUGCAACGGGCAAGAGUAAUGGUGGAGGAUUUGUCAAUCUUCUAGCUUGUACACCAUGGAUAGCUGCAAAGAUUGCCGCUUUUGCAACUGUUUCAGCAGCUUUCUAUACAAAUACAUUCAAUGGAAAUUGCCCAACUCAACGUGCUAUACCCAUUCUCGACUUUCAUGGUACUAAAGAUACUGUUACGCCAUACAAUGGCGGACAAGCACACGGUGCAACACAAGUCGGUAUUGACAAAUUUCGACAAGAUUGGGCAUCACGCAAUGGUUGUCAAAAUAAAUCGUCAAUCUCUUAUCUAUCGAAAGAAACCGAUCCACAACAAUUGGUUGAAAUUCAAACGUAUAACACGGCCUGUAAAAAGGGUGGUAUUGUUAUAGGAUACAAGAUCACUGCAGGACAACAUGGAUGGCCUCGUACAACAUUACCAGCAAAAUGUAAUGGAAAUGUAGGAACGAAUGAUUGUACCACUACUGUAUUCGAUGCUACAUCGAGUGUUAUCAUUCCUUUUUUCAAUAAAUACACAUUGUAG